GGGGACUUGCGGUAGUCUUUGAAUGUGGUUCACCGAUUCCAGUCAGUGUGACUGUGCCUCUACCCACCGGCUUGUCCGCGAGUCGACUCCGGCGUCGCCUGCCCCUGUCACCUCGGUGCGACCAUGAAAAUCUGGACAUCGGAGCACAUAUUCAACCAUCCUUGGGAGACGGUGACCAAGGCUGCUAUGCAGAAGUACCCCAACCCCAUGAACCCCGGUGUGAUUGGAGUGGACGUUUUGGACAGAGGCAUCGACAAACAGGGACGCCUCCACAGUAAAAGACUGCUCAGCACAGAGUGGGGCCUGCCAUCUAUAGUGAAAUCCAUUAUUGGCAACAUGCGAACAUACACGUAUAUUCAGGAACACUCCGUUGUGGAUCCCAAAGAGAAAACUUUCGAACUUCAGUCUGCAAAUAUCACUUUCACAAACAUGGUGUCUGUGGAUGAGAAGUUGACAUACAAGCCACACCCUGAGGAUCCAGAGAAAACAAUACUGACUCAGGAGGCUAUCAUCUCUGUGAAAGGAGUCAGUCUCAGUAGUUACUUGGAGGGAGUUAUGGCCAGCACCAUCUCUGCUAAUGCAGGAAAGGGCCGUGAAGCCAUGGAGUGGGUAAUCAGGCGACUGAAUGCAGAAAUUGAGGAGCUGGCAGCUACAGCGCGUGGGACCAUACGCACCCCGAUGGCUGCGGCGGUCACUGAGAAAUGACACCUGCUCUAUGUUCCAACAGAGUCUGAGAGAAACUACACGCCAGUAUAACCAGCCUCCCUUUAUGAUGCUCUGGUGCGUCUUUGGUGCUCUGGGUUUUUGUUCUAUUUAACCUCUCCAUCUCCUAUACUUUACUAUCUACAUUAGAUAUAUUUUUGACAGCACGCUGCAUCAUAGAGGGAUUCUGUGAGGUGUUUUUAAGGAGAUGCUGUUUGGCAGUGAUGAGAGACCUGGACUCAGGGACAAGUUUAAACAACACUAUUAUCUGAAUGUUCGGAUACAUGUAGCAUAAAUAGAGGCAUUGGAUGAACUGAAAAUGUAAGAAAAGUGCCAAAGGAGACACACUGCCCCUUGUCCAGCCUCUUAAAAAAAGAACAAAAAAAAAACCAAACCUUUGCUAGCUGUGUUUUCAUCUGCCAUAAGACCUCAGAAUGCCAGGAAGUCAUACCAGUGGCAUGAACUCUGUGUUUACAACAACAGAGAAACAGUUAUGGUGCGAUUAAACAGUAUACAACUGACGCUCAGGAAUACUCCUGUAGAGAUAUGAUGGCAGAAAACAAUGCUGUGUCGAAACAGAGGUCAAGUUCAAAGCGUGUCAAGGGUACAUGGAAGUGGUUUCAGGUGUCCGAGUAAACGGUGGCUUAACACAGCCAUUGACAGUGAGACGUUCAUGAAAUGUCCCACAGUCAGGUUUAUUGUGUAAUUUAUUUGUGUAACAGUCAUCUGUUGUUUUCUUGCUGGACCUCAGUAAUAACAAGACCCUCUGUAACAGGCAUCGUUUGUAUGCAAGCCUGAAUAUAAACUGUAUUUGUUAUUAUGUGAUAACUAAUAUUGUUAUUAAGGUAUUUAAGUGAGAUUAAGGGAUCAAGGCACUUGCCAUACUUAUAUUUUAAAUUACUUCAUGUUGAAGACCUUCUCAAAUGCUGCUGUACAAACUUGCACAACAAUAAGAACUUUAUUUCUGAACUCUAACAGUUUUAAAAAUUGUUCCUCGAUGGUAACAGCCCUCUCAGCACGUCCUUUCAGUGUAAAGGCUGAGACCUUUGCAGUGACUUUUAUUUGCACUUAUAAAAUAACAUAUUUUAACAAAGAAAAGCUGCUACACGUGCUGAGGGAGCUGGUAAUUUGUGAAUAUUUUGGUAUUACUGUUCGAGAGACUAAAUGCGGUUACACUGCGCGUUUGAGAAGGUCUUUCUUCAUAUAACAGAAAGCAGUGUGGUGAAAGUGAGACUUUAGUUUUGUUAAUAUAAUAUAAUAUAUAUACAUAUAUAUAUUUUUUUUCUUUUUUUUUUUCCUGUGACCGGAAUAUUUAUUUAGAGAAACACUUUGUUGUGAAGGAGUGGGUUAUGGCUUGGGUUGACCAUUGAAAAAUUUAAUAUCACAUGCUUGGUUAGAAAUUUUAACUUAAACAUUUUUGUCUGGGUGCCUCUGAAAAAGAAAUGGUCUCACCAUCCAUAGAAUGUGGCAAUAAAAUAAAAUAUCUUAACCUGUUCAACAAGAGAUCUUUGCCAGUAAUUUUUUUAAUUAGGUAUACCUUAGAAUAAAAUAGGCUUGGCUGCUGUUAAAGUGAUAAUCAAAUGUAUUCUGAAAAUCGAUGAUCUGUUUAGAAAUACUGGCUUGAUUGCCUUUGGGAGGUUCACUUAAUGUAUGCAUUCCAGAAGUCACUGUUAACUAAAGGGUAUGAAGGAACGUCUUUCCUCUGUACCAUCAGAGCCUAAACGCUGAAGCAGUUACUGUUCG